AUGUCCAGCAAAAUCCCACGGUUCACCGUUCCCAUCGGAUACGUGGUUCCCGACUUUCCAUCGCUCUACUGGCCCGUGGGAUCAACAAAACCCCACUACGACAUUGCAAAUCUGUACUACACAUACGACAUUUGGCGGUUCACGGUGAUCUGGACCCUGAUAUUUUUUAUGGGGUUUCACAUGAUAGCCGCCACGUGGGCAGGAGUGGUCAAGCGGAACCUGAGAGACGCUCUGGCCAUUUUUGCUGUGUAUGUUGUCAUUGGAGGAAUCGAGGCUGUGGUCAGUGGCUCCAUUGUCGGUCUGAUUUUGACCGGGGUUUACCGCGCAGGGCUGUGUUCGAUAUCUACAUGGAUCCCCAUGUGUUGGGCCGUCGUUCAGAUUCUGUGGAUGGUCUUUACUAGUUACUCCAUGAUGAAUGUUUUCAUGUAG